GUUUACUUCUCAAGACGCGCCACAGAUGGAUGUUGACACAGACAGCUCUAGCGGAAACGAUUGGGUGCGAGUGACGAGUGAGGACGGGCAUUCUUUUCUCGUGCGACGCAAAAUCGCCGAAGUCAGCGAGACGAUGCGAGAUAUGCUGGAUAGCUCUGGUGAAUACGCGGAAGCCAAGACGAAGACCUGUCCGGUCCAGCAGCGAGCUGUGAUCACGGAAAAGCUGCUGGAGUACAUGGCAUUCAAGGCACACUACGAACGCGCGGGCGCAAAGGAAGAGAUUCCAGUGAUGGAAUUCACCGAACGUAUACCGCCAGAGAUUGUCCUGGAGCUUUUGCUGGCGGCUGACUAUCAGAAUAUGUAAUCUUGUGUUCUACGUCUCAUGUAUGUCUUUUUGUAUUUCGACCGGUCUCAAUGCAGCGCGUGAAGUCGCGUUUUCGGAACCAA